AUGGUGUUUCCUGAUUUGCCGAAAGGCAUGCAUCUGAACGUGAAGCUAAAAAAGCAAGAGUUAAUUGUCAAAAGUGGAGUUUUGACUUUUCCGGAAGCCAGACGAGGACAAAAACCGGCAGGAGAAACUGAAAAUUUGGUAAUAAACUGUUACGAAGAUGACGAGAAUAAUCGACAGAUGCUAGAAUUAUAUGCCAGAUUUGUAGCUCUACAUGAAAAUGUGAUGCUUGGAUUUUCAAAAUUCGCACAACUAAGACCAAAGCACUGUGUUUUAGCUGGAGUAAGUGGAACUCAGAAUGCUUGUGUCUGCGUGUAUCAUGAAAACCAAGUUGGCAAGCUUACAUCUGCAGAACGUGGAAAAAAUGUGACUGUGCUUUUUUCAAUGAGCGCUGGAGGUCAGUUCAUACCACCCUUCUUCGUCUUUCCUCGCUCCCGCAUGAAUGAUCAACUCAUGAUCGGUGCACCAAAUGAAAGUGUAGGUGAAGCUCAGCCAAAUGGCUGGAUGAAUGCAGAAUUAUUUUUGAAAUGGAUGAAACACUUUGUGAAAUAUUCAAAUCCCACAGAAAAGGAUCCAGUUCUUCUAAUUCUUGAUGGUCAUGCCAGCCAUAGAGACUUAGAUGUUAUUGAAUUUGCUAGAAAAAGUCAUGUACAUAUGUUAAGUACUCCUCCUCAUACGACACACAAGCUACAACCGCUUGACAAAACUUUUAUGAAGCCUUUCAAAUCGUCUUAUAAUGAUGAAUGA